AAUCAUUGGAUAGCCAGUGGGCAGAAGUUGUCUUGAAAAACAGAAAUGUUUGCCGGAUAAUUGAUUCUGCCCGUAUUGCAGUGCAGAAACUUGAGUCUAUAGGCUACAAGCCCAUUUUAUUCAUUGGUAAAAAAGACAAGAAUUCACAUAAGUGGGUAGCAGAUGUUAUUACCCAUUUGGACCCCACUUCUACUACAAGAAAUUUCCUGGAGAAGAUGCAGAGGGCUUAUGAAUUUAUACUGUCUAAGGGAACUUCCACACCAGUGCACCCCAAUACCCCCACAGAACAGCAGCUUGUGCAGUCCAAGAAUGCCACCAAGGAGCAUUGUGCCGACAAACAGACCCACAUCAAAGAACACACAGAGAUCCCCAGUGAAGAACAGGCAGAGACCCUGAUCAACAAGCAAGCAGAGAGCCUCGCCAAGGAGCAGCCUGAGAUGACCACCCAGGAACCUCAAUCUUCUAGGCUCCUCGAGGAGCACCCAAAGAGCCUUCUUUCCAAAAAAAAGAAGAGAGACAGAAGCACCUCACAAACAACCUCUCCCACCUCUCCACCACCUUUUAAACCCGCAGACCAGCCAUCUCUGCCGUCUCUUCAUCCACCUGCUAGCCAUGCGAUCUCCCAGUCCUUAAGUGAGGGUGGCCAACAUGAAAAUAAGAAGAGAAAGAGCUGUCGAAGAUGUAGUAGGCAGAAGGUGUUCCAGUUUGAAGAAGUCACUGAGAGCAGGAUAAAUGAGGGGAACACAGAAGUAAAAGUGCGUUGGUUGCCUUGCUCUGUUUGUGGGAAAAUCUGGGAUGACACGUGGGAGCCAGCCAGUGAAUUUCAACACCACUUUGCCAUGCCAGAUGUGCCACCUCCUUCAGCCACUGAGGAAGUCUUUUUAUGAUGUUGUGAUGUUUGUUUUUCCAUGUUACAAACAAG